AUGCGAGCUGGCGGAGGAUCAAUCAUGUGUUUUGGGGCGAUGGCAAAAAAUGUGGCAGAGCAGUGCAACAAGGAAAAGCAACUUACUCAUCUGCCGAUCUUGUUCUGCGCGAAGAAACAUGAGAAAUACGUCUACAUGGUGAUGGAGCUUCUGGGAAAGAAUUUGCGGGACUUUAAGACUGCUUAUACGAAGGACUUGCUUCCCGAGAGAGAUUGGUCCCGAAUUGGCCUUCAAAUUUUACAUGCUGUAAAGUCCAUGCACGAUCGACGUUUCGUUCAUCGGGAUCUCAAGCCAGCCAACAUCAUAUUUGGAUACCAAUCGAAUAUGGCCAAAUUUCGCACGAUUCAUGUGUUGGACUUUGGAUUAGCAAGGGGCUACGCCUUCUACAAGGACGGACAAUGGACGGCACGAAAGGCUCGAUUAAGAAUUGAUUUUCGAGGAACAUUCCGAUGUGCGUCGCCUAAUAUGCACAGGGAUGAGCACGAGUACAAACAUCACAAAAAGCGUCUUCGCGAGGCACUCGAUCCAAAUUUGGUUGUUGCAGAGGAUUCGGAUGAACGUUUUUGCAAGAAUAAAGCAUUCGAAGUUAUCGAUCCGGUGCUGUUCACUUAUCCACGACAGCGAUGCUUUGGUGAUUCGGAAGUAAAUGGAGAUGGCUCUUUUACGCCAAAACCGCGCGGACUACUGAUGGGAAUCCUUUUAGGAGCGAGUGAUCAGCGAUCUUUCGAAGAAACUGCUCGUGAAGAGGCAUCGACGGGAAUCUACUUGCCUACUUCUUUUGCGAAUGCCUCGAUUUGUCGCAAGAAGGCCGAGCAAAAGAAAACACCGAGCACUCCACUAUUAGCGCCCAAAGAGUUCAAGCAAUGGUCAAGAUCUUUGAUCGAGAUCCGCAAUCUGCGCAAAGUGGCAUAUUUUGGCAAUCAGCCCGUUCUUCAUGGUGCAGUCACGGUUAAACUCACUUUCUCCGAUGCAAACGCUUAUACUGGUGUCGUGGUUGCUCUAUCUGCUCAAAACUAUACCCUUGUG